CCGACCCGCCGCGGCCGCAGCGGUAAGAGCAUGGCCGAGCCCCGAGGGGCCGCGAGCCGGGCGCCCAGGACCUCCCUGACUACCGCGCUAAGCCUGCGGAACACCCCGCAGCCCCGCCCCUCGAGAGUGGACGUGGGGAGCCUGGGCAGAUACCGGGGCGCAGCCGCCAGCGCCCGGGAGUCCCCCUUCCGUGGCUCGGGGAUGUUCUCCGGAGCGGCCUCGGCGCGGCGGCGGGGAGGGCUGCGCGAGCUGCUGGGGCUGCAGGGGGCAGCUCCCGCCGGGUGGCCGUCGGAGGAGCGCGCCGAGGAGCGGCCGCCAAGCGGGUCGGGCGGCAGCGGGCUGUGCCUGGACCCCCGGGAACACGCGUGGAUGCUGGCGGCCGCCGAGGGCCGCUUUGAGGAGCUGCAGGAGCUGCUGGAGGCCGAGCCGGGGCUGCUGCUGAGGGGCGACCCGAUCACGGGCUACACGGUGCUGCACUGGCUGGCCAAGCACGGGCGUCACGAGGAGCUCAUUCUGGUGCACGACUUCGCCCAGCGCCGGGGGCUGCAGCUCGACGUGAGCGUCCCGGGCAGCGGCGGCCUCACGCCCCUCCACCUGGCGGCCCAGCAGGACCACGAUAUGGUUAUCAAGGUGCUGGUGGGCGCUCUGGGCGCCGACCCCUCGCGCCGCGACUACAACGGCCACCGGGCCUGCCACUACCUGCGGCCCGACGCGCCCCGGAGGCUGUGGGAGCUAUCGGGGGCCGAAGACUGGGAAGUGGUGGGCGGCAACGAGCGCGACAACGCCAACAACAACAGCAGCGGCGCCGCCGCGCGGGCUCUGAGAUGGACCCUAAGCCCAACGGGCGGGACGGCGGUGGAGGCGGCAGCGGCGCCGGCCAAGGAGAAGGACUCCCUGGGCUCCCGAGUGGCGCAAAUUCAGGGCCUUUUGCGCCAAGUGUUUCCCUUCUUCCAGGACCGCUGAGGGCGGCGGAGACUGGAGAGGGCAGAGCGGCCCCGACGCUGCGGGAAGCCGCGGUGCUGAGGUCUCCGGGAUCCCACCGAGGGGGCGGCGCCGCGAACACAGCUCCGGCCACAGCCAAGCGCGAGCUCGGGGCCGGUCUCAGGUACCUGUCUCACGCCUCCUGCAGCCACCGGCCGGGAGGACCAGGCCGGCCUGGCGCCAGGUCCCAAAGCUGCUAGGACAAAGGAGUUUAGGAACAGGGUGCUUGGUCCUGCUGUGGGAAAGACACCGUUAAGCUUCCAGCAGCCAUUUCUGGGCAGGCGGGAAGUCGGGUUUAUUAGGAAACAUUUGCUAGAAGAACGAGUUAAGACUGUAACGCACUGAUGCAGAGGCAGCGCCUAACUGCAGGGCCGAACUUGGCCAUUAAUGAGUCACAUUGUGCCUGUAGAGUCAGCCUCUGGCGACCUGCUCUUGAAACAACCAGGCCUUACUGGUACCUUUUUUAAUGUAUCACGGAUGAGUUCUUAAAUAUAUUAAAGUGGAAUAUGUUUUCGUUUCACGUAACAGAGAUGUCCUUUGAGUGCAUUUUUUUUUCCUUCCAUUAACCGCAGAGAGUGAAGCUCCAUACGAUUGCAGGGAAAAGUUCACCAACUCCUGGCCUCGUGGCUAUGAGCUAGUGGUCCAGGGUAGGCUCUGGACCUCAUUCUCAGAGCAAAAGGCCAGGGCUGUCCACUGAAGGAGCGACUUUCAUCUUGGCUCUGAGUAUAUCUGUUGUCCCGCCAACCCCCUCUUCGGCAUCUAGGUCUGGCCUCUGUCACAAGGAUCAUCCUAGAGGAAUUAUCGUGUAGGGGGGCAGAGGGGUGGUAAAAGGGAAAGGUCUUCAAAUUUACAAUUCGGUAAUUCCUGGUGAGUCAUGUAAUUUACCUCGACGCGUGCCCUCCAAUAGACACACCCACUUUUUUUCCAAGAGAGUUUUCCCC